ACAACAGUCUACGGCAUCAUGCAGGAGGAGGACACCAGACGCGGGGAGUGACCUUGCUGAGCCAAGCUACUUUCCAUAAUAGGGGAAAUGAGAGUUGCUUUUUUGGUGAUCAUAGACGGAUAUUCAAUCGUGCAUAAAAUUAGGGGUCCACAAAAGAUUUCACAGGCAAUCUGAGAUUAAGAUAGAAGCAAAAGGGGGACUUCCAUGGCAGUCCAGUGGUUAAGACUUGAUGCUUCCACUGCAAGGGGCAAGGUUCAGUCCCUGGUGGAGGAAGAUCCCCCAGGCCACGUGGCGGGGCAAAAGCAGGCAAAAUCAUGGACUAGAUGAGGUGUCCAGAGGCAAAUGACUCCCAUCCUGCAUAUGUCUGGAUAAUAAAUCACUGAAGACCACAUUUCCACCAGCAGCGUGGGAACGAGGACAGAGACCAGGGACACAGAAACGGUCUUCUGCCCAUCCAUGAACUUGGAAGACUGAUGACAAGACCUUAUCUUGGAAGGCUUGCCUUGCCUGCCUAGUUAAGGCUUUCACACACAACAGCAGGAAGAGGAGCAACUGAAGGACACAGAACCUCGGGCUGCGUGAGCACCUCCUGUCCCGGUCACGCGUCACCGCCUAGGGCAGCACUCAGCACCAAGGUGGGCCUCUGUUCAAGUCACUUGACCCGCAGACACACAGUGUAGGAGCAAUACUGUGAGAUCGCCAACUCUCUGUCACUUUCCAGAGCCGCACAGUGCCGGGGAGGAGAGAAGGCACACGUUUCUCCUGCCUCUCCAAGAUUCCAAGGCAACUUCUUGAAGUUUGCUAAUAGAGAUAUCACCAGAGAUUAGAGACGUAAUCAUCUAGAGGAAAUGCUGGUAGUAUGGCUGUAUGUGCAUGUUGUACAAAAGUCUCUGAAGCAGAUUCUCUUGUUUUAGCGGCUAUCCAGAUUAUGAUUGGCAUCUUUUGUGUUUUCAUGUGGUAUCUCCUAUUGAUUUUGUAUAUGGGACAAAUUAAAGGAGUCUUUGGGACAUAUGAACCUAUAACUUACAAAACAGGAUGUUCUUUAUGGGGAAUUGUUUUUAUCAUUUCAGGAAUCACCAUAAUAAGAGUAACAAGGCACCCAUCUCAACGCCAGCUUACCUGUGCUAUGCUUAUGAACAUCUUAUGCAUAAUUGUUGCAGUUAUUUCAACGAUUCUAACAGUAGUUGAGUUGUCUUCUUUUGAGUCUGUGUCAUACAGGAAUUAUGGACAAGCGAAGCUUGGGAGAGAGAUUUCACGUGUUUUACUGAGCUUCUACACAUUGGAAUUGUGUAUUGCAUUCACAUACACAAUCUUCGGCUGUGUUGGUUUGUGUCGCAAAAAUGAAGAUGCUCAUACGGCUGUCACAGAGGAAGUUGAGGAUGCUUUAUAGAAACCUUAGAAAUGUGAGAAUUCUCCUGAUGCUCUUACCUGACGUGGGCCCUAAUGAUAUAUUUGUGUGACAAAGCUGCUGCAAAGUCCACAGGUUUUUGUGCAAAAGAAAAUAUGAAACAAGCUGAAUUUUCCUUUUCAGUAUUCAAGAAAAUUCUUUGCACAUAUUUUUGUAGGCUCCAAUUGGAAAGCUUUUCUCCCAAUUAAAUAUAAUAUUGUUACAAGGAAAAAAUUAUUUUCUAGGUACACUGAAUAGCUGUCAACUCUUCCUAACAGAGCUUUUGUAAGAAACCGUUAAAAAGAUUUGCGAUUGUCUCUAGAGUACAAGCUACACAGACUUGGAGCAUGAUAUUGUAUAACUCUCAGGAAAAUUUUAAAUAACUUAAGAUUCUGAUUCUAUGAGUAAAGGGUACAUUUCAGUCUGAAUUCUUCUACCCGAGCUAGCUGCCUGAACAAAUUACAAAUCAAAAGGCAUCCGAUUCAGUCCCCUCAUUGACGGCUCCUCUCCUCAUUAAAAUUCCUUUCUGCCCUAAAAGUCUCUGCUGUCUUUUUUCCCUUUUGUUUCCCCCUUGCUUCUUAUUUCUUUUCAUUGCUUGGAUCACCUGUUCAAUUGCUUUUCAAAGCAACAGGCUGCUCUUCCAUACUAAGGAAAAUUUCCCAAGGAUCUGUUGUGACUUCAGAGUCAUCCUUCCUUCAAAUAUGGAAAAGAACUUCAGAGAGCCUUGCUCAGCAAUAUUAAUCAUGCCAUUAGGGUUUGGCCUCUACUUUGCAGAUAUGCAGAUGACAACACCCUUAUGGCAGAAAGUGAAGAAGAACUAAAUAAACAGCCUCUUGAUGAAAGUGAAAGAGGAGAGUGAAAA